GAGCAGAGCAGCAGCAGCAGACACAGAGGGAAGAAACAGAGCAUGUUACAGAAGGAGGGAGAUGUUGGAAGGUAGAGGAAGGUAGACAGAGAGAUGCUGUGACAUAGUAUGUGUGUCUGCAUUGCUGUCAGUAGCGCCACUCUCCAUCCUCUCGUCGGGGAGCAUGAUGUGUUAUGGAGCUCGGAUACACAGGUUCACUGCUUAUCCAGGGGAUGCAGAUAGAAGUUCACCUUGAGCCGGAGUCUAACAUUGUCUGUCUGGACCGCUGGGAUUACAAGAAAUACGCAUUGUUUCCAACACAAAGAUCAACAGAGAUUUAAUCGGAUCUGACCACCUGCCAAACCAAAAGUGGCUUCAGAUAUUUUAACUUUUGGAUUACUGGUCCAGACCUAAACCACAACAGAACUGAGAAUCCAGGGUCAGAACUCAAACAGGUACUUGCUCGGCUGAAAGUUGCCAGCUGUCUCUAAACCAGACAGCUUUUAGAACCAAUAUUGUGACAUUCCCAACUCACACUGGAAGCCCGCAAACCCAAGCCGGUCCUGCAGCCCGGGGACCCUGGAGCUGGCCUGACCUUGGAUUGUCUGUCCCCCGAACCCCUCCUGGCACCGGCAGAGACCCCCAAAAUGUCUCAGACCGGAGGACGAAUCCACAACAAAAAGGCUGGCAUUCGGGCUGCUGUGAUCCUGAUCGGACUCCUGCACAAGUCUCGCAAAGCCAAGGAGAAGGAGAGAGAGAAGGAGAGAGAGAAGGAGAGAGAGAAAGAGGAGAGCGAAGGGAAACAGGAGCUGCUGAACAUUACCAACGUCCCUCUGGGAGAAUGUCCCCCAUCACCGCCCCGCACUGCACCACCCAGCAUCAAGUCUGCAGAGUUCUUCGAUAUGCUGGAGAGGAUGCAGGUCCCUAAAGCUGAAGAGACCAAAAGAUGGAAGGAUGACUAUAUCCCCUACCCACGGAUAGAAGAUGUCCUGGGGAAAGGUGGUCCGUACCCCCAGGUGAUCCUACCUCAGUUUGGGGGUUACUGGAUUGAAGAUGUGGAGGCAGCAGUAGGGACUCCCUCCUCCUCAGAGUCCAGUUUCUGUGAGGAGGAGGACGGAGGAGAGGGCAUGAGCCCCGCAGGAGGGCACAGCUACCGCCUGGAGUGCAACAGCACAGCUCGCGCCUACCGCAAGCACUUCCUAGGCAAGGAACACAUGAAUUAUUACUGCACCGGCAGCAGCAUAGGACACCUCAUCAUGUCUCUGAAACACGAGGAGGCUGAGGGACAGGAGUUCCUGCGCAUCAUGCUCAGGUCGAGGAUCAAAACUGUCCAUGACCGGAUCUCUUUAGCAGGAAUCAACCAGCUCCCUAGUGUACCGCAGAUUGCAAAGCUUCUGUGUGACGAUGCCACGGGGCUGAAGUUUAACCCGGUUCUGUACCCUAGGGGAUCCCAUUUGAUAGUGGCUUAUGAUGAACACGAGGUGAACAACACCUUCAAAUUUGGAGUCGUCUACCAGAAGUUUGGACAGACAUCAGAGGAAAUGCUGUUUGGGAACAAUGAGGAGACGCCAGCUUUCAAGGAGUUUCUCAGCACUCUGGGCGACACUAUUGAACUUCAGGACUUUAAAGGGUUCCGCGGUGGGCUGGAUGUAUCUCACGGACAAACAGGCACUGAAUCUGUCUACACCGUCUUCAGACAGAGAGAGAUCAUGUUCCAUGUGUCAACCAAGCUUCCCUUCACUGAGGGAGAUGUGCAGCAGCUCCAGAGGAAAAGGCACAUAGGAAAUGACAUCGUGGCUGCAGUCUUCCAGGAAGAUUCCACACCGUUUGUUCCAGACAUGAUCGCCUCAAAUUUCCUGCAUUCUUAUGUGCUGGUGCAGGUGGAGAACCCCUGCACAGAGCACACAACCUACAAGGUGUCUGUUACAGCGAGGGAGGAUGUGCCUCCUUUUGGACCGCCUCUUCCCAACCCAGCUGUCUUUAGGAAGGGUCCUGAGUUUCGAGACUUCCUGCUGACGAAGCUGAUCAAUGCCGAAAACGCCUGCUACAAAUCCGACAAAUUCGCCAAACUAGAGGGGCGAACGCGAGCUGCGCUGCUGGACAACCUCCACGACGAGCUGCACCGCCAGAGCCAGGCCACACUGGGGCUGUUUCAGCCGGGAGACGACGACAAGCUGGAGAACGGGGGGCACGGGGGUCUGCUGGAGUCCUUCAAGAGAGCCAUGCGUGUCAGGAGCCACUCUAUGGAGACCAUGGUGGGGUCUCACCGCCACAGAAGCCCCGGGGUAGGAGGGGGGGUCCCGGCCAGCGUGAGUGGAGGAGGGCUGCCGCAGAGCACAAGUGAAUGCACAAAGAGCACCUUCACUCCUCCUGUGUUGUCAGCCAAGUCUCCUCUGAAGAGCCCUGUGAAACGGCGCUCAGGCCUCUUCCCUCGUCUUCACUCCAGCACAGAAUCCCCAUCGGACAAAAACACACGCAGUGACCAAAAGACUGCAGAGGUCUGCUCGCUUUCCCAAGAAGUGAGGUCAGAGACAUCGUCCAAUCCCAGCUCACCGGAGAUCUGCCCCAACAAAGAGAGGCCGUUCAUUAAGCUGAAAGAGGGCAGCAGCGGCAGACCGAACAUCUCUCGUUCUUCGUCCAGCACCAGCAGCUUCAGCAGCACCACGGGAGAAACAGAAGCUCUGGAAGAACUGGAGACAGCCAACCAUCCCUCUAUAGCGUCCUCGUCCGCCUUCAGUCCUUCCCUCAGUGUUGACAGCCAGGGAUCAGGGACGCCUGUCAUCAUGUGCCGCAGUCCAACAGAUGUGAAAAGUAAGACGUCACCGAGGUCAAACUUGAAGUUCCGCUUUGACAAAAUGAGCCAGUCAUCCACAACUUCCGAGUAGCUUUGUGGAAGGAAAAUAUCAGACUUGCACAACAAAGGGACAGCGCGGGCGAACGAUGCUGCAAAAAAAUAAACACAACAACCACAAAACCCCUGGAGAACCACUUCCAUACGCCAAGGAUCACGCCAUGAUUACCACCUGCACCGGAGUCCCCACUAACUAUAAACAAACUGACAAUACUGUGAGUGUAUAGUGAGGAGAAUCAGCUAACAUGUGGGCUUUCCUUUAACCUACCUUAGGCUACAGAAAUUAGAUAAAUACUUUGUCGAUGUUACAAGUUGCUGCAUCUCUGUUGUUAAGUGUUCACAUCACACGAGGGUCCUAGCAUAGCUGUAAUACUGUGAGUGGGCAGAGUAAUACCUCAUUCACACCAACGCAACUCCGGUUCAAGCUCCGUGCUAGAGCUUUUUAGGUUCAGAACCGGUUCUUCGGUUUAGCUCCGGCUCUUUUCACACCGCACAGAGUCCGACUGGUGCUGCGUCAUUGCGUCAUCGUUUGCGUCAUGACGUAACCGUUUGCGUGCCUGCUUCAUAAAGCCAAACUGCGCGGAAACUCCUCACAGCUGACACCGACAACAACAACAAUGGCCGA